AUGUCAUUUUUUACCACGGAUGAUUCAGUGGAUGCCAUUGUGGCCGACAUUGGUUCGUAUGCCACCAAAGUAGGACAUGCUGGAGAAGAUCAUCCGCGUGCAUACUUUCGAUCGAAUACAGCAAUUCUCAGAGAAGGACAAGAGGAAGUGAACGAAGGAUCCCCAUCGUCCACCACCACCACCACUACCGCCAACGAGAAUGCACCAGGCCGCCGUCGCCGCAGACGGCGUCCAAUUAAAGAUGUCAAUUACGAUGCCUUGAACCGUCCAGCUGUAUACAGCCACAAUAGCGGCGAUAUUGAUGGAGAUGCAUUGGAUGGAAAUUGGAACGUGGGAAAUCCUGUGGAUCCCACAACCGGUCUAUGGUACGAUCCCAUAACGGAAUCCAAUAGUCAUUGUUUGGAAAACAAGGGUGGAGAUAGUGCCGAUUGGGCUGAUUUGAUUCCCAUCUAUCUACGACACGGCUAUUCUUCGGCCUUGGGAAUUGACAGCAUGUCCGCCAAUCCUCUCUUGUUGAUUGAACGAUCAUACAACCCACCACCACUGCGACAGCAAACGCUGGAGAUCCUCAUGGAAGAAUGUGAAGUUCCCGCUGUCUUUUUUGGAAGAGAUGCCAUUCUCUCAUGCUAUGCUUGUGGUAAGACCACCAGUACGGUUGUGGACAUUGGAUACUCGGGAACUACCGUCACUCCAGUCUACGAAGGAUACGUGGAAUCCAAAGGGAUCCGCCGUUGUCCCAUUGGGACCUAUCACAUGGAUGACAUGGCCUUGCAACAACUCCAACAAGUGGUCAAGGAAACUGCAGCAUCUGCUCUAUCCAAUGGCGAGAGUAAUACCAAGGAGGAUGUCAAGAAGGAGCUUCGAGAACGGCAAGAACGUGGCGAGUUGAUUCCGUGGUACCAAGCGUACAACCCCAGCCUUCAACAACGCCGCGAAGUCUUUCAUCGAUUGUCCAUGUUGGACGUUGGAAGGGAAUGUCGAGCAUCAGGAGCGGGACAAUCCAUCAAUACCUUGGCCAGCAAGGGAUUGCAAGUUCCGUCCUUGAGCUAUGACUUGCCAGAUGGACAAACGGUUGAUAUUCCAUCCGAUAAUCGCUUUGCCGUCGCCGAACUGGUGGUGGGAACUGCCAACAGCGCUAGUGGAACGGAGGAAGCGCCAUCGUCGACUACGCUCACCAGCAACGACUCGACCACUUCACGUCGGAAACAAGCGUUGGAAUCCUUGCAAAAGGAUUGGACAGCAAUUGUGGAAUCAGCGGAAAGUGAUGAUAUGGAGGAAGAUGAUCAAAUGGACGUGGAUGGUGGGGACGACAAGGAAGAAAAAGAACGACAAGCCCAAAAGUACAACGAGGCUUCGGCGGUUGGGGUCAUGUCUCGACGUACCACACGAAAACGAAGACGAGAAGCAGCCAGUAAGAAAGAACAAGCGGACAAGGCCAAAGCAAACGACAAUGCCAAACAGGCUGCGAAACAAAAGUCAAAGGUCCGAUUUUACAACAACAUUUUGAACCGCGCUUGUGCGCCAUACUUGAAGACUCUGUCCGAACAACUAACGGCGGAACCCAUUGCCAACAUGGUCUGCGAUGCUGCCUUUCGCUGUAAUCGCGAUCAACAGGCUAGCGUUUUGGGUAAUGUUGUCUUGUCUGGUGGCGGAUCGUGCAUUGGACCCACUGACCAAGCACUCCCCGAUUUGUUGCGAGAGCAAAUGGAAAGCAUCAUUCACGCACACACUCCUGGAUGGAGGGUCAAGGUGAUAAGUCCCAAUAUUCCGGAGCGACAUAUUGCUAGUUGGUUGGGAGGCAGUAUUUUGGGAAGUCUGGGAGGCUUUCAUGAAAUGUGGAUCACCAAGGCAGAGUACGAAGAAUGGGGGUCUGCCAUUGUCAAUCGAAAGUGUCCCUAG